CCCCGGGCCGGGAGGCGGGUCUCUCGUGCCUUCCCCGAGCGCUUCUGUUGCAGGAGGAGGCGGCGGCGGCGGAGGAGGCACCAUGGCCGGCUUGGAGCUGCUCUACAACUCGGUGGCGCCCGAGCUGGGCUGCGGGCAGGACGCCCUGCUUUGCUUCGUGCAUUGGAAGCUGAUCACCCGCGACUACCGCUGCCUCGGCACCGGGGACCAGGCGGCCACCAACGAGAGGAAGUCGGAAAUGCUUCCUGCAGGCUGGAACGCGGACAAGGAACUCUACACUCUGCGCUACCGACUGAAGGACGAUUCCCACGACCUGCUGGUGAAGGCCAUUUUGAUGGACAACAGCAUCAUUCUCAACGUCAUGGAUCCCAAAACACAGAAAGUGGCAGAUCUGACUUUGAAAGUGACCGACUUCGUUGAUCCAGAACACCUGGCAGAUUUUGACAAGGUAUAUCGGAACGUGGAGGAGUUACAGACCCAGCUCGUCCAUCACAUACUCUCCCCGUUUGAAACCUCAAAGCGGCCAACCAGCGCCAAGGAGGAAGAGCCCAAACGGGAGAGGAACCCUUCCCCCCCCAACCCUCCCGACCACGACCCUCUCUGGAUCCCACCUCGGCAUCCUCAUGGCAGCCGGCAGCCCAACUGGCCAGAUCCCCUCGAUCCGUUCAAUAUUGGCAGACAAGAUCUGGAUCCUUUGGCAGGCCGAGGUGGAGGAAUGAUCUUUGAUCCACUUCGAUCAGGAUUUCGGAAUCCUAUCCUGGACCCCUCUUCUGGGCUCCCCAGCAGACUCCCCCCUGGUUCCGUUCCUCCAGGGGCCAGGUUUGAUCCAUUUGGACCCCCGGGGGCCAACCGGCCCAGGCCUAAUCCCGAUCACCUUCGCCCUCCGGACUACGACGAUAUGUUCAUGUGACGACUGCCAAGAUUCAGCGUCUCUUUCCCGGCAGACUGACGUCUGACGCUUAUCCAGACGUGGGGCAGAGUUGGCCUUUCCUGCAGUGAUUUUCUGUCCCGGCUCACCUGUUUUGAUCCCACUCCUAUAAAGCCAAAGAGAAAAGGGCACACAGUUUUUCUUUCAGCCUCUGGCCUUUUUCUCCCUCCCGACAUUUUACAUUCGCUCCAUCCGGGACGCAAAUUUGACGAUCCACUGUUGUGUGCUCCGAGAUCAGCGGUGUUUAAAAGUCUAGAAACUCUUUUCAAAAGCGGUGAGCAAUGCCAGAACCUCCGGGGAAGGUUCUGUCUAUAUCAGGAUGGUUUAACCUGGUUUAAUCUCAAACCCAAUUUGUAAUGAAACAUGGUAGAGCUACAGAAGGGUAGGUCAACUGCCAACAUCUUCCUCAUUUCCUGUUUUCAGAUCCUUCCAAUUUCUCGCGGAAACAAAUGGUAUGCCCGUACAGGGAGUUUUGUUACGUGCCGCCCCAAACUUUGGUGGCGGUGUGAUCCAGUAAACUGGCCCCAUUUUUCCUCACUUCCAGCCCCCUUAAUUUUCCUCUCCCCUUGCCACAACAUCAUGGAGUGUGGAGAAACUGAAACGAAAACUUGGAGGUGCCCUGCAGAAAGAACGAGGAAAUUUAACAACUAAUGGGCGGUAUUUGGGCCAAGGCUGCCAGCUGCCAACUGUUGCUUUGGGAAGUUGAGGCUUAGUCGAAGAGCUACUUUAGUGAGGAUAAAUCUCUGAGUCUACCCUCCCCCCCACUUCAAACACAACACAACCACACAUGUCUACAUCCCCAAAACUGGCUCAAUUGAACUGGUUUUGCCAGUAGGAGACAUUGCCACCUCGGUGCCCAAUUCCACCUGGAAAGGCUUCCUGUCACCUCACCGGUGUCUCCAUUACAGGUUGCAAUUAGUUGUUGCCUUAACAAAAAAAAAAAAAAACACACAAUAAAAUGAACAACGAACCUC